AAAAUAAAUUGAAAGAGAAAAGGGUGGUAAGAUGGGGCGAGAGGCCCAAUAGAAAAAGAAACCACGUGUCAGUGUCAUACUGAUUGGUGGGUCGGGUCGGGGCAUGGGGUUGUCCAAAUUCAUUAAUUGUCCCAUCCAUAUCCUAUAUCGUCGCAGAGGAGAGAGAGAGAGAGAGAGAGAGAGAGAGAGAUGGGAAGGAUAUUCGUGGUUGAUUUGGAAGGAAGAUCCUACAGAUGCAAAUUCUGCAAAACCCAGCUAGCACUUGCUGAUGAACUUAUUUCCCGGGCGUUUCACUGCCGAAGGGGGAAGGCGUACCUUUUUAAUAAUGUAGUGAAUGUGACAGUUGGACCUCAUGAGGAAAGGAUGAUGAUUUCUGGGAUGCAUACUGUAUCAGAUGUAUUUUGCUGCUCUUGUGGGCAGUUACUAGGCUGGAAAUAUGAGACCGCCCACGAGGAGAGCCAGAAAUAUAAACAAGGGAAAUUUGCUCUUGAGAGAGAUGGAAUCACAGACGGAGAGGAUUCCGAAUUCUGCAUCGCCUUUCUAUGAGAGAGUGAAGAUGAAGAUUUGGUUGUGGUUUAUUUGUAUUUGUAGAUGAUGAUAGUAAUAAAAGUUCGCUGAAACAACUCGAAUUCCGACCUGCAAAUCAUUCAGGGAUGAGUAGUUUGAAUCUUUUGACCUCUGAGGAGAAAGGGCAUUCUCUUUGAUAUUGCUGGGAGUUCUACGGCUAUAGUAUCAUGAUUGUAUGAUAUGAUAUGAUCUUCUGUUUCAAGAUCUGUUUCUGUAGUACAAAUUUGGAGCCAGAUAGAAAUUAUCAUCAAUCUAUUUAUCAGAUAAAA